AUGGCGACAAAGUGGCUUGCCUUCCUCCUGUUCUUCAUCCAGGCAGAAUAUCUUUCGUGCUGCGUCUUUGAAAAAGUCAACAAAUUUAUGAUUGGGAAUAGUCCUGUUCAGGAUAUUAAUGCAGAUAAGAACCGUUGCUUCGCUGCGUGCUAUGCAAAGAAGGAUUGCUCUGCAAUAAUGUAUUACAAAAAAAACAAUAGAUGCUUCCUAGUGGAGGAAGGAGAAACUCCAGAUACAUGCGGGGAUAUGGACUGUUACUGCGAGGACUGUUACAUCCUUCAACGCGACGAGGUGGAUCCAGUGUGCAAAACAUUCGUGAACUUCUGA